GUGGCCGUGGACAACGAAAUGGAACUUCUGGAAUGGAUCAGCCUUGGAAGAAAAGUGGGAAAAAUAGGAAAUCAAAACGCAUUAAACCACAGGAGUCUUCGGACAGUACAGCUUCUGGAACUAAAUUCCCCCAUCGCUUUCCUCUUCAGGGUUUAAAUACUACUGCUUGGUCACCAUCAGACACUUCACAAGCAAGCUAUUCAGCGAUGUCUUUUCCAACUGUUAUGCCUGCAUAUCCACUUCCUGUUUUUCCAGCAGCAGCAGGGACAGUGCCACCAGCUCCUGAGACUUCAGUCUCUGGUUUUAAUCAGCUGCCAGACUCGGGAAAUACUUGCCCUGUGCAACCGUCCCAGUUUUCUGCCCCCCUUAUGACACCUGUUGUAGCUCUUGUGCUCCCCAACUAUGUCUACCCAGAAAUGAACAAUAGCUUACCUCAAACGCUUUAUCACAGCCAAGCCAAUUUUCCUACCCAUCCUGCUUUCUCUUCUCAGACAGUAUUUCCAGCGCAGCCUCCAUUCACUACACCUACCCCUUUCCCACAACAGGCGUUUUUUCCAACGCAACCAUUCCAUUAUAAUCCACCGACAGAAAUUGAAAAGGUUCCUGUUACAGAGACACGAAACGAGCCAUCCCGUUCCUGCACUCCACAGUCAGUGGGUCCUCAAGACCAGGCUUCACCGCCUUUAUUUCAAUCAAGGUGUAGUUCUCCUCUGAAUCUUCUACAGUUAGAAGAAAACACAAAAACUGUGGAAAGCGGAGCCCCUGCAGGUUUGCAUGGAGCUCUAAAUGAGGAAGGAGCCAUAGGCAAAAUCAUGACAACUGAUGAUGGUAGUGGAAAGGGAUCCCUACCAGCUGAGUCUCCAAUGGAUGCUCAAAAUAGCGAUGCGCUCUCCAUGUCCAGUGUCCUGCUUGACAUUUUACUUCAAGAAGAUGCAUGCUCAGGCACUGGCUCAGCUUCAUCAGGGAGCGGCGUAUCUGCAGCUGCUGAAUCUCUUGGGUCUGGAUCGAAUGGCUGUGACAUGUCAGGGAGCAGAACAGGCAGUAGUGAAACUAGUCAUACCAGCAAAUACUUCGGGAGUAUUGAUUCUUCAGAAAACCAUCAUAAAACAAAAAUGAAGGCAGAAAUAGAAGAAAGUGAGCACUUCAUUAAGUAUGUUCUUCAGGAUCCGAUAUGGCUUUUGAUGGCAAACACAGAUGACACCGUUAUGAUGACUUACCAGAUACCCUCUAGAGAUUUGGAAACAGUUUUAAAAGAAGAUAAGCUGAAAUUAAAGCAAAUGCAGAAACUACAACCAAAAUUUACUGAAGACCAAAAAAGAGAGCUUAUUGAAGUUCAUCCAUGGAUCCAGCAAGGUGGACUGCCAAAGACUGUUGCUAAUUCUGAAUGUAUUUUUUGUGAGGACAAUAUACAGAGCAAUUUUUAUACAUCAUAUGAUGAAGAAAUCCAUGAAAUGGACCUUAAUGAAAUGAUUGAAGACAGUGGGGAGAACAAUCUGGUCUCCCUGAAUCAAGUCAGUGAAGAACAAACAUAGCCUUUGAGCCUGUUGCUUUUAAAGCUGCUUCAAAAUUAAGUCAUGAUCCGUUAAGGUUUUAAUCUUGUUUCCAGCAAGAUGAAUCCGGUUCAUAAUACAGAUGUUUUUCUUGCUCUAAAAGAGUCAUUUGUGAAAGAAUCUCUUUUUAAAUGGUGGCAAUCUCUUCCCAGUAAGGACAUUGUUGAAGAUGGUAUAGCUUUUAUUUAAUGAAAAAGACUCAUAUUUUGCACUUAUAUGCCUCAAGUUUUUCUUUGUAAACUAUAAAAGCUUUCAUUGAUGCCUACUGAGUGGGUCAAUGAGUACUGUGAGUACUGAAAAUCCCCUGUAAACAUAUAGUUCUUCAAAUCUUUGAAUAAUGAAUAAGUUAUAAAUUGUUCUAGGAAUCUUGCUUAGAAGCUCUUUAGCAUUGCUCUUAAUGUUUGAAGUGGUCCAGCAUAGUGGAAGAAAUAACCUUCAAGAAAAUCAGUUCAAACUUGCCCUUUUCAUACCAGUUGACUCAUCCUCUUGGUUUCCUAUAGUUUUGACUAUAGGAACUUUUUGCCUAAGAGAAAUGUUAAACUAAUUUUCUAAGAUGACCUUGGGUUAAAAUACUUACAUGGAUACUUAAGGAAGCGUAGGUGAGUGCUGACAACUCUGUAGCCUUUGGUUUCAAUGGACACUGCAAUUCUAUGAACUGCUUGUUAUCUUGAAGCAUGAUUUCUGAGAAUUUAUACACAGAAAAUCUCUGCUAAAAAUUUAAAAACACACAGGAUGACCGUGUAUGAUCCAGUGACUGAGACAAAACGUGGCGUAACCUUAACCUUUAUUUUUGGUCUGUUCUGUUAAGAUGUUGGCCGUCCGUUUUUCUGUUUGGCUAAACAGACAUAAAGCUUGCAUGUGGCAAGAGAGGAUUAGACAUUUCUCAUAAUUGGAAGAUAUUUCUUAUAAAAAGAGAUUUUGAGAAUACCAUUGACUUUCACAGAUUACGUAAUCUAACACUUGGUGUGGCUGGAGUCCUUUCUUGUCAAGGAUUUAAUUUUAAUGCCUCAGCGAUUGUAUCAACUUGAAUAAUGUGUACUUUGUCCUUGUGUUGUUUGUACAUGUUGGAUGUGGGAAGAGAACUAAAGAGAGUAACUAUCAGUAUUGAUUAGUUAGAAGAAAUCUAGUUGCAGCAUUGCUAGAUGUCAGCUGUAGGUCUUGGGGGUUAAAAACGUGGAGAAACUCAAUUAACUUUGCUAUGUUUGUCUUAAAAUAUUUUCAUGAAAGAUUUUUCUUUUUUAAUAUUAAGGUAACAUUUCUAUUCACUGAAAUUUGAAGUUAAUUAUAUAAAAAUGUUUCUCUUUGCAUACAAAGAGGACAUGAAGGCAGAUCUGGCACCAUAAAAACGUGCUGAAGCAACUGGUAUUUGCUUAGUGGAAGAAAUGUGUGAAUUAAUUAUUAAUUGGACAUUGUCAUAAGGAAAUUUGCAAUGGAGACAGGUUCUUCAGUUGGAACAUGUGAAAUUACAAAAAAAGUAGAAUCACUGCUUCAAAAGCAAGUAUCUUAAACAUAGUAUGAAACACUCAUCAGUAUGAUCUGAUUCCUGUCUUUAACAGUUCUGCAAGAUCAAACUUCAGUAGAUGUAUAUAAACUGAAUGAGAAACAUUAAAAUGUUGGUGUUCAAGUCCAAUAUGUUAAAUGUUUCAAUCAUAAACAGAACAGUGCAGCUAUACCAGCAUAUUACAUAUUCCUUUUUUGUGUUUUAUUACAUGUAAACACAAGUAGUUUUAAUUGGACCAGGGUUUGGGAAAAAUAAAAGCUUUAUAUAUAAAGGAGUGCAUCAUUAUUAAACAUUAUUUUCAGGGACUUCUCAACCACUUUGUGAACUUCUUUGCUUUAGCAUGUUUUUUUUUUUUCUGUUGUGUUUUCUUUUUUUUUUGUUCUCAUUUCUUUUUUUUCAAUGACCAUCUUGUAAGCAUAACUUAGUGAAAGGAAGAGAAAAGUAUAUUUAGAGCAUUUUGUGGAUGUGCUUAAUUACGGUCUUAUUCUUGCAUCCUUAAAGUGUUUGCAUUUACAGGGUGGUAUUAAAUAUUUUCCUGUAACUUUAAAUCUACAUGCCUCCAUUUAUAGAUAAGAUUCUGAAGCUGUAAUUUUUCCAAGCUGUUGUAAGAUGAUUUAUUUGUGAUGACACUUUGUCAACAUGUCAACAAUGUUUUCUGUACACUGUGCAAUAUAUUUUGGUUUUGCCACUUGUGACUAAUUUUUAUGACUUUGCUUUUUAGAAAACUGGUAAAUAAAACAGAUAUAUUUUUAGUUGUC